AAAAGCAAAGAAUUGAAAGAUAAUUUAAUAAAAAAAAAUAUACUAGUAGUUUACAUGUAAACCCUAAUUUAGGAAUUGAUUUUGGUAUAUAUAUUGUGAGAGCACAAUUCUCUAUACGCUCCCAACAUAAAUGUGUGCUAAAAUCAAUUCUUUUGCCUCUGUAAAUCUGUAAUUUAGAAUAAAUUAAAAGUUAGGUUAAGAAAUAAAAAAAGUGAAGAAAAAUUGGGAAGAAAAAAACUUGGUAGGAGAGAGAGUGUAGUAGUAAUUGUUGCAGAGAUGAAAACAAAGGGAAGUUCAAAGCAGAGGAUCAACAACUUUGAAUUACUCGACCAAGAUAUUCUCUGUGUUGUCUUCGCUUUCCUCGACCUCUUCGAUAUCGUUCGCUGCUCUGUCGUCUGCAAAUCAUGGCAUCUUAUCAUAAGCAAAUCAAGAUUAAUGCAUUCAUUGUACCUUAAGCAAUGGAGUAAUGAGGCCUCCAGCUCGUCAAUUGAUGUGGCGAAAUCAUUGAACAUGGUACUUGAGGAUCUGGCAACACGGCGUCAUAGGUCUGCUCUUGUUGAUGGUUCUUUUAUUGUUGAUCAAUGGAAAGGUCAUACAUCCGGGAUUGACAAAUGCCGUAUGAAGAUGGGUUUGAUCCUGACUGGUGGAGGUGACAAGUUUAUGCGUCUAUGGUCAUCAGCAAAUUACAAAUGCUUGGAAGAGUACUCUCUCUCUGAUUUGGGUCCGCUAGUUGACUUUGAUUUUGAUGAAAGCAAGGUUGUUGGUUUGGCUGGGACCCGUAUAUGUAUAUGGAGGCGCCAUGGAAACCGUAGUAUAUUUCCUUCACGUGAAGGCACAUUCACAAAGGGCUUAUGUAUGAGGUACAUGGAUCCAGAGGCUAUGGUUGGAUGCGCGGAUGGCACAGUUAGGGUAUUUGACAUGUAUAGUAAAAGUUGUUCUCGAAUAAUCCGAAUGCAUGCUUCUCAAGUAAAUUGUUUGGCUGUGGGAGAGGACCAGUUGGUUCUGAGCGGCUCAUCUAAUGGAAACAUAACUGCAUAUGGUCUAUUGUCUGAUCAGCGAGUUGCUAGUUUACAGCCACCCAAUCUUAGAGGAGGUAUACAUACCUUGUGCUACAAUCCCCCUUCUCAUUUGGUUUUUGCUGGAUCAUCGAAUGGUUAUGCAGCUUGUUGGGACCUUAGGAAAAUGCAAUCACUGUGGAAUUUACGGGUGAGCCCUAACGCAAUCUAUUCAAUGCAACAUCUCCGACAUGACAAAUUGACACUGGUUGUUGGUGGCGUUGAUGGUGUUCUGAGAAUUCUGGAUCAGAAUACCGGUGAGAUCCUCACAAAGUGUGUAAUGGACCAAAGCAACCCCAAACUGACUUCAACAAGAAGCUUGUACGGUUCAGUUGAAAGAAGGAAGGUGAAGAGAUUAACUGAAAAUGCUAUCAUUGGUCUUAUUCCUGUCACUGCUCGGCCACCCGUAAAAUGCUUAGCCGUGGGAAUGGGAAAAGUUGUCACCGUUCAUAGUACAGAGUACAUCAGAAUGUGGAAGUUCAACGUGUAAAGUGGAAAUUUAUGGUACAUAUGAUUUUUGUUCCCUUUCUUCCUCUUGUGCAGUAGUAGUCUCGGCCUAGGAGAUCAUGUAAUCUUGAAUCUUAUUCACAAUUUUUUGCAAGGAUUCGCCUUGAAUGGCUGAAUCAUUAGAAAACAAAUUCAGAAUGUAGCUGAAAGGCAGAAAUGAUAUCAGAUGUUGCCUCUUCAUUUUCAGUGCUCAUUGCUCAGGUCUAAUAAUGUUUCCUCUAUAGCAAAUGAAACCUACCUUGUGUAUUUGGGUGUA